CAUUACGGUAUUCCGAUCGCAUUCUUUUCACUGAAAUCGGUGGUGUGAUGUAAUUUUGUGUGGGUACAGCAAUGGAUUAGUUUGGCUUGUGCGAAAAUACGUAUGGAUAGUUUGUUUCGGAAUUCCAUUUAAACUGCUGACACUUUGAAGUCGAUCCAUAUACUCAAACUGAGUUCCCAGCUAAUCCGCACUUGAAACCCUAAGUGAACAACGACGUUUGCAUGGAAUACAUGUAAAUUUGCCAAUUUUAUGAGCAUUAGUAUCGAUUUUUGUGGCGUGAUUUCAAAGAAUAUAGGUCAUCGACGGAAUUUUCGCAUACAAUUGAAGGUUAAGUCACACUCAAACAGAUCAAGAUGAGCAGCUCCGAAGAAGUGUCAUGGAUCUCAUGGUUUUGCGGCCUCCGUGGCAAUGAAUUUUUCUGCGAGGUCGAUGAAGACUACAUCCAAGACAAGUUCAAUUUAACCGGAUUGAACGAACAAGUUCCCAAUUAUAGGCAAGCUCUUGACAUGAUCCUUGAUCUUGAACCAGAAGAUGAAUUGGAUAACAAUCCAAAUGAGUCUGAUUUGGUGGAGCAAGCCGCUGAAAUGCUGUAUGGUUUAAUUCACGCUAGAUACAUCUUGACCAAUCGUGGUAUUGCUCAAAUGAUAGAAAAGUACCAAAGUGGCGAAUUUGGUCAAUGUUCCCGUGUCUACUGCGAAGGUCAAUUCAUGUUGCCGAUCGGUUUGUCGGAUAUUCCUGGCGAGGCAAUGGUUAAAAUCUAUUGUCCAAAAUGCAUUGAUGUCUACAACCCAAAAUCUUCCCGCCACCACCACACCGAUGGCGCAUACUUUGGCACAGGCUUUCCCCACAUGCUAUUCAUGGUACAUCCUGAAUAUCGUCCCAAGCGUCCAACCAAUCAAUUUGUACCGAGAUUGUAUGGAUUCAAGAUUCAUUCGUUAGCCUAUCAGAUCCAAUUGCAAGCGGCUGGAAAUUUCAAAAUGCCUUUACGAGCGGUAAAUCACGAAAAUAGAAAUUGAGCACUAAUCAAUUGCUAAUCUAUUUCAAUUCAGCUAAACUCUACUAACCCCGAUUUGUCUAUUGUGUCAAAGUGUUGAACAAAUUCCCCCAAAAAAAAACCUUCUUCUGUUGUGUUGUGAAACCAAAACAUAGAAAUAGUGCUUCCACCUUUGGUGCGUAGUGCUUGUACUGCAUUUCACCGAAUGAUUUAAUGAGUUUUAUAAACCAAAUGAACUUCAAAGAAACGAAAAAAUGCUCACACUUUUGGUCGAAGCACUAUUUUGAAUUUGAAAACAAAAACAUUCUUCUUCAACGCUGUUAACAAACAUUUCCAUGCUUAAUUAUUUCAUUCUAACAUACAUAAAAAAAAGCAAAGAAAACCACUUCAUAUAUUGUAAUACCAACGCACACACAUCAUCACCACUUUAUCAAGUCAAAGACGGCUAUCAAACGAAACUUACAACAACAAUAUUCAAAUUUCAGGAUCAGAGAUUGUAAAGAAAAUUAAGAAAGAAAAAAUCGAAAGGAUCGCAUUAAAACUGACCAUUAUUGCAACCUGAUAAGCAAAUCAAUGAAAAAAAAGAAAGAAAGAAAAAUAACAAACAUGAUUGUGUUGAAAGAGAGAAGAAGAAGAAGAAGAAGAAGAAAAAAAGCAUGAACGAACGGAAACGAGACCAAAAUGUAUCAAACAUCAGCAAUUUCAGAAACAGACAGUGAGAGGAAGAGGAAGAGAGGAUGUGGAUUAAGGCGAUUUAGCUGUUUACGUUAAAUUUAUUAAUUUGAUUUUCUUAAAUGGAAUGGCAACAUUUUGGAGACACACACACAUACAUAUACACACACAAAAACAUGGAUCAUUUCCAAAAAAUCAAACAUUAAUUGAAUAAAGCAACAACAACAAAAAAAAUCUAAAAUAGAAUAAUAUAAUCCAAUUUAAGGCAUAGAUUACAUAUUAAAGAUCAAAUCUCAGUGCAAAGAAGAAAAAAAAUGAAGCAUAUAAUUUCGAGAGAAAAAAAAGAGAAAAAAACCAUUUGUAAUUUUUGAUAAGACAACAACAACAACAGAAUAACUGUUCUCUUUUCGAAUGCAUUUGAAACGGUGUGCACGCACAUUCGUACAUAUGAAUGUGGCCAAACUUACUUCUUUUUUCUUUUUCUUUUCAAAACAAAACCAUAUAACCAUUAUUAUGAUUCAGGGCGAUGCUAGUUUUUUUUUGAUUGCUUAUUCUUUCGCAUUCUUUUAAAAAUCAAUUUUAAAAUGAAAUAAAAGAAGAAAAAAAGAGUUAAAAAAAUUAAUUCCAUAUUAUAAUUUUUUUUAUUAGCAAAAUAAAAACACUCAGAAAAGGCAUUCGAUUAACUUCAUGAAGAGCGA